AUGGAUUCAAAUGUAUCAACUGCCACUUUUCAGUUUGCGGUAAAUGCCCAAAAUUUUGUUGAUCCCGUCAGCAAUUGCCGGGAAAGUCUUGUGGAAUUUGCAGUAAAUGUUUAUCACGAUUGCAAUGUGAAUAGCGUCAUUAUUGUUGGAGAUGCAGAACUUUCAGAAUCCAGUUUUCAGCUUUCAGACGGAAACCUCUUUAUAAUAGAUUACGUUUUUAAAAAUGCUGAAAAUUGUUCCGGGAAUUACAAUAUUUUAUAUGAAGUUUUUAAUGAUGUAUACCAUGGCAGAGAAGAACUAAAUGUGUUGAUAGUGCUUGGAAAUACUCAGGGAAUUGAUCUCAGGGUUAUGAGGUGUCUCAUUCAAGGGACAGAACACGUGUUUCAGAUCAGGACUCGAUGGAUGGUGGUGUCGGCAAAUAUUAAAAUAUUAAACACUCUAUUGGAAGCAGGACAGUUAAACGUCUUACCUAACUUAUCAGUUGUGACAAGAACUACCGAUGCUUGCAUUCCGAAGAUAUUCACCAAAGUUGAACACCCAUAUCAAACGACUUUUGACGAAGUUUCCAAUGGUGAAUUGUCAAUCGACAAAGUCUUUCCAAACUUUAAAUACAGAAUGAAUGGCAGACAUUUGAAUGUGUCGACAAUUUCACAACCCAACCCUUUACAACUGCCUUUCCAGCUAUUGCAGGUUAUAAGUCGUUAUUUGAAUUUCUCUUAUACUUUAACUGAACCCCGAGACUUGACGUACGGAGCUAUAGUAAACGGCUCAUGGCGAGGGAUGGUGGGCCAAUUAGUCAAGAAAGAAGCUUCGUUAGUCUUUGCUCGACUGACAGAAAACCUAGAAAGGCAAAAAGUCGUUGACUUCAUUUAUCCUAACUUAGAAAUAGCCAAAACUGGGAUUGUUUUUAGAAAAGAGAGAGAAGAGCCGUCAUGGCUUUUGUUUUGGAGACCGUUUGGAACUGAGGUUUAUCUAGGUAUUGUUACAAGUUAUGUUUGUAUAUCUAUUCUGUUAAUAGUAUCCACUGGGUUCUUUACGAAAGGCGUGUCUCUAUGUAAUACCGUUUUGGAUAUACUUCUAUUCACGGCUGGUUGUUUGUUCCUGGAAGGAGGGCAUGUUCACUUUAAGAAUAAUUCAAAGAUGCUGAUUUGGGCGUCUUGGUGGUUAUUUUGUGUAGUAAUGGGAGGAUUGUAUACAGCAAUGCUAACGAAGGUCUUCAUCCCGAAGGAGACCAAGCCCUUCAAUGGAAUCUCGCAGUUGUUAGACCGAACGGAUUGGAAGUACGGUACCAUGGAUCAGAGCUUCCAUACGGACAUGAUGAUCAAUUCCAAGAACAAGCAGCUGAAAGAUUUAUGGACCAAUAUGAUGAGAAUUCGUGAGUCGAACCCAAACAUUCUGUCUCCCGAUUUGAACAUACAGACUAAGCUCGUCCUAUCUGGAAAAUACGCCUUUUUAAACGGUGCGGUGGAUAACUAUUUAUCAUUCUUAAAAAAUUGUGAUUUGGAUUUUAUCAAAUUCAAAGAGUUUCCCGAUUCAUUUCAUUCUCUAGCAGUAGCUAAAGGAUCUAUUCUGAAAAUUGAUAUGGAAGACGCCAUGAGACGGCUGAAGUAUAGCGGUAUAUAUGACCAUAUAACGCAUGAAGGAGAUCUUUCUAGAAUAUGCAAGUUCGACAACUCUGUGAAACCUUUGUCUAUGAGCGAUGUAAAGGGGUUACUGUUACCAUUAGUUAUUGGUAUAUUAGCCGCAGCUCUUGUUCUUAUUCUGGAAAAGGCAUGCGCAUUUUGUUUAGAUUUGAUAAGAAGUUGA